UGACGAAAAUAAGUAUCCAGCAUCCCAAUCUCAUGGAGGGCUCGUGGAGACUAAAAUAUUCGCCGACACGCCAAACGUGUGCUUGCCGCUAUGAGAGAAUUAUCGGUUGCUAUAGAAGCCUCGUCCGAUGAGAGAUUCCUCGCCAAUCGUAUGCAACGUCGUGCUGGAAACAAAUACGGCGCUUAUUAUAACGUCGCCCCGCAUCUUCGCUGCGUCCACUUCCACACCCGACAUGGUUGUCCGCAAGGGCAAGCACGAUGAGAAGCGUGGUGGUAAAGGCGGAGGAGAUGAUCCACCGAUGGAGGUCCUCAAAAUGGAUCGAACUCCUAUCUGUCAGGCAGCUUUCUCGGAGCGUGCGAUCUGGAAGGCUGUCCGUCCAAUGCCCAGUGCACGAGGUCAGCGCCUACAGCACCACCAGAAAAUGAUACACACUGGUAUCAAGCCUUCAAUAUUUCCGUUCAACAAUCAGAGCCAUAUCUAUUCUCGAGGCUUCAUCCUUGAACAUUUCGAGCAUCUGCAACGUUACCAUCAGAUGUACGCCCGCCUGAAAGGCCUAACCUGGAACCAUUCCCCAGACGGCUCUCGCGAUGACCAUGAGCUGCGCUGCCAUACGAGUCGCGCCUCAGACUGGUUCACCCUGGAUUCUCAACUUUCACUUAGCGUCUAAAAACGCAUGUACGUAUCCAGCUGAUUUUCGAAGAUCUUUAGAUGGUAUAAAUCACGUGGGUUUCCUUGCCUUCAGCCUCAUGAAGGAACCGCAACCUCGUGAAAGCAUCACAGCCUUGGGAAGGCAUCAGGCGACGUCUGCCUUCUCUCAGCCGAGCGGUUAGCUGCAAGCAAGCCCGACCUUGCCACUGUCCAGGGCGCACUUACCCUCU